CCCUACCCCUGGCCGCACGACGCCUCCCUCUCCCCGACCACCACCGCCCUCCUCCUCAUCGACAUGCAGCGCGACCUCCUCUCCUCCCAAGGCUACCUCUCCACCUCGGGCACCCUCCCGCCCGACACGCUGGCGCGCUUCCAGUCCCUCGUGCCCCGCCUCGUCAGCCUGCUGAGCACGUUCCGCCACGCGGGCUUCGGCGUGUGGCACACGCGGAUGGGGUUCCGUGAGAGCGGCGGCAGCACCGCAUGGGCCCGGGAGAGAUACCCACAGAGACGGGGAGGCAUAAUAAUAGGCGCCCAAGGACCCCUAGGCCCCUUCCUCGUCCGCGGCUCCCGCGGCCACGACCUCAUCUCCGAGCUGCUGCCCCUGCCCCACGAACCCGUCGUCGAUAAACCGGGCUACGGCGCCUUCACGUACACGGACCUCGAGGCCACGCUGCGCGCCCGGGGGCUUAGGAACCUGGUCGUGUGCGGCAUCGCGCUCGAGGGGGCCGUCAGCAGUACGGUGCGGGAGGCGGCGGAUCGCGGGUUCGAUGUGCUGGUUGUGGAGGAU